AUGAUUGAACCAUGGCAAGGAGAGCUAGAAGCGCGAAAGCUUGCUCGUACAUGUUACAUCACUCCCGACAGCCAAUUCCCGCAGUUUCCCGGUGCUGAAAUGUGGAAUCCACCAAAUAUAUAUGACGAGGAUUGCUUGGCCUUAAAUAUGUGGGUGCCGGAAAGACAUGACGGAAAAGUGAUGGUUUGGAUAUACGGUGGUGGCUUCUAUUCCGGUACUCCAUCGUUGGAUCUGUACGAUGGGCGUGUGCUGGCUAGUCGUCAAAAAACAAUCAUUGUCAACAUCAAUUACAGGCUUGGACCCUUUGGCUUUCUAUAUCUUGGCGAUGGUUCUUCGAUACCGGGCAAUAUGGGUUUAAUGGAUCAGCAGCUUGCAUUGCAGUGGAUUCACGAAAAUAUUGACGCAUUUGGUGGCGAUCCGAAUAAAAUAUAUGACGAGGAUUGCUUGGCCUUAAAUAUGUGGGUGCCGGAAAAACAUGACGGAAAGGUGAUGGUUUGGAUAUACGGUGGUGGCUUCUAUUCUGGUACCCCAUCGCUGGAUCUAUACGAUGGGCGUGUGCUGGCUAGUCGUCAAAAAACAAUCAUUGUCAACAUCAAUUACAGGCUUGGACCCUUUGGCUUUCUAUAUCUUGGCGAUGGUUCUUCGAUACCGGGCAAUAUGGGUUUAAUGGAUCAGCAGCUUGCAUUGCAGUGGAUUCACGAGAAUAUUGACGCAUUUGGUGGCGAUCCGAAUAAAAGUGGCACAAUUGCAAAUUCAUGGGCGACAAAAGAGAAGAAUAUGGCUCUGGAAACUUCGAUGUUUCUAGCGAAAAAACUUAACUGCACAACAUCCGGACAGAACGGGCAAUCAGAUGAUAUUAACGUGAUCGCACAUUGCAUCCGACAAGCACCUGCUGCUAAGAUACAGAAAGCAGCGGAUGCAGUUGGCGUCGAUCAAAUUCUACCAAUGACCUUUCCAUUUGUGCCUGUCGAUGAAGAUGAACAUUUUUUCAAGGUUCGAAACUAA